UUUCCAAAUUCCAACAAAAGCAGGCAGCUGCCCACCAUCAACCAACACAACUAAACCUAGCCAUAGAUUUCCAACUUUCUCACCAAUCCGCCCCAAAAUUCAAAGAGCACACAUUUACUCAACUAGAUACCUCUCUUUUUUCUCUCACUUUACUCUUUUAUACCCUUUACCUUGUCCCCUUCUUUCACUCUCUUAUAUGAAAAGCCAAUUCUCACUCUAGACUUUUUUGGGUAGCCACUCUAACCUAUGUCCCAAACCAUAUAUUUUCCACCCAACCAAACAACCGCUCAGAAAAUCAGCCCAAACCACCUUCACACAUCACUAGGAAGAUCUCUCUCCAACCGUCAUGACUCACGCCAAGAACAUCGCUUAUGAUACAGUCCUGGCCAUCCUUUCCAUGUCUCUCGUAGCUCUUGUCAUCAUCCUCUUCCUCUUUUGCAAGAAAAAGCCCGUUGAAUCCGAAGAAAGUCUUCCAACCAAGCUCUCUGCAUGCCCUUAUUCAUUAAUGGACAUCCACACCGCCACCGACGGCUUCAACCACCGGAGAAUUAUCGGGGAAGGCCGAAUCGGGACCGUGUACGGAGCCGUUUUACCAAACAGCGAGCUCGUUGCAGUGAAACGGAUUCAUCCUCAGCUUGUUCUGACCCAAGCCGGAUUCGGGUUUUCGUCCGUAGUCAAAUGGUUAUCCUUGGCCGACCACUCUCACGUGGUACCCAUACUAGGGUUUUCGGAAGCUCCGGGAGAGAGAAUUAUCAUAAUGGAGCUAGCGAGCAUGAUGAGUUUGGACUUCUACCUCCACCAAAACUCGGACGGAGCGUCGCUCUUGGAUUGGGACCGGCGGCUGAGGAUCGCGGCCGGAGCCGCCCGGGGCGUGGAGUACCUGCACGAAGUGAUGGUGCCUCAUGUAGUGCAUGGUUGCAUCAAGCCCUCGAAUAUCUUGAUAGACGUGAAGUUUUGUGCUAGGGUUUGUGAUUAUGGGCUCUCUUUUUUGGGACCAAAUGAGGUGAGAGGGCUCGAAGGGUAUGUGGACGAUGAAUAUAGGGUUGAGAGAAAGGGUUGUUCGAAGGAAUGUGAUGUUUAUGGAUUUGGGGUUGUUCUGUUGGAGCUUUUGAGCGGGAGGAGAAGUGAAGAAGGGUGGUCACUAGUUCAUUGGGCAUUGCCUUUGAUUAAGGACACCAAGUUUAGUGAACUUUUGGACCCUAGACUUGUGAUUCCCUCCAAUUUGAAGCCUCUUGUUAGAAUGGCUAAAGUGGCUCUGGCUUGUGUUGCAAAUUGUAGAGAAAAUAGGCCUUCAAUUGUUCAUGUGGCGGCUAUUUUGAACAAUCUAGAGAUGGAUCAAUGUUUUUGAUCUUUUAAUGUGAAUAGAUUUUUAAUCAAUUGAAUUUUCUCGUGAGUCAGAUCAAGAAAUUGAAAAUUAGGUGGGGUUUUGACUUUGAUUUUUUGUGGUAGACAUUGCAUAAAGGCGUACGUUAGAGAUGUUCCACGAAGAAUCGAGAUUGUGAGAAUUUUGAAAUGGAUAGGUUGGACGGUGACUUGUCCUUGGCGGUGAAUUUAAUUAGUCUCCGUUUCCGUGUGGAAUUGGGGAAUAUCUCUUGGUGGAGAAGGGUGGCCAAUUCCAUCAAAUUUCACUUUGUAAUUACUUUCAUUUAAAUAUACAAUUAGACCUAUUAUAUUCAUUCAUAAUAGGAUCGUACAAUGUUUA